CCCUUCUCCGUGAGAUCUAUCGGGAUGUCUUCCUCACGAAAUGUAGAUGCUGUCCCAGCAACUCCUCGAGUCAUUUCUCCAUCGCCGACUCCCUCGGAAGGUAGAUCAUCAUCGAGAUCACAAGAUGGCUAUUCCGCACCUACAACACGGUCCGCUGCUCGACGACAACAACGUCUUGGUGAGGUCGUGGAAAAGGCUCAAAACGGGAUAACGGAUGCCACCCCAGCACGACAUCGCACGCGGAAGUCGAAACCAAAAGUCUCUUCAGCUGCAGAAGAAGCAACCCCAGCAACCACCUCAGCGCCACAAACAAACGGCCACACAGUGCAGUCGAACGGCUAUCUCUCCCCGCUGGCGAGGGCAGACGGUGGUCGACAUGCCAUAUCUCGAUCCCCCUCUCCUCUGGGGCUGAUUCCUCUCCACACCCGUUAUCGCAACUUUAUUCACCGCCAUGAAAUCCCGCGCAAACUGCUUCAUGUGUCUAUUGGGUUCCUAACGCUUCACUUAUACAGUCGCGGAGUUCAGACACACCAGAUCACACCCUGGCUGUUCGGGGCUCUCGUUCCCAUCGCCACAACAGACCUGAUCCGACACCGAUCGGAGACGGUUAAUAAAUUCUAUAUCCGCUGCGUGGGUGCUCUUAUGCGAGAAACAGAGGUAUCCGGCUACAACGGCGUGAUCUGGUACCUGGUGGGCGCGUACUCCGUCCUCCGAUUCUUCCCCAAGGAUGUCGGCGUGAUGGGCGUCCUCCUCCUUUCUUGGUGUGAUACUGCAGCCUCCACCUUUGGCCGUCUGUACGGCCGCUACACCUUCAACCUCCGCAAGGGCAAGAGCUUCGCCGGCACUCUGAGCGCGUGGCUUGUUGGCGUUGUCACGGCUGCCGCCUUCUGGGGCUUCUUUGUCCCUUACAUCGGGACCUUCCCCAACGACCCGGAGGGUGCAUUCAUGUUCACGGGUCGCCUCAAUCUCCUGCCAGACCCCGUCAAGGGUCUUCUCGGCUGGACAGCAGACACGGUCAUUUCGGGACCGCUUGCACUCGGUGUGAUGAGUGUCGUCUCUGGAAUUGUUGCAGCGGGCAGUGAAUUCAUAGAUCUCUUCGGGUGGGAUGAUAACUUCACGAUCCCCGUUCUAAGCGGGAUUGGACUAUGGGGGUUUUUGAAAGUUUUUGGUUGAAUGAAGAGAGGUACGAGAGGCGCAAUAGAACAACACAUCAUUAUUCUUUUUCUUUUCUGGCCCUCUCUCUCUCUAUAUAUUUUCUUUCUUUUUUAUUCUUCUUUUUCUGUUUUUUUCUCUGCCUACCUCAUGCAUACCUUAUAUAUAUAUAUAUAUAUAUAUAUAUACCUAUAUGGCUUGCGUUCUUGCUCGCAACAUUCAAUGCUAAUACCACCCCAACCUCUCCACUCCUAGUACUAGGGUACUGCUACUUACCUUGGUUUUCUCCAUCUAUCAAUCAACCUAUCUAUCGCUCUAGCUAUCCAUGCAUCUUGACGCCUUACUACCUUUCAUUCAACCCUACCCAACCGAUAAUCGAAUCCACCUCUUCUCGUUGAAAAAGAUUACCCAGUAUUCCAUUGCUGUAUUACUUACUAUAGAGAAGAGACCCAGCUUUAGCUUGGAAAUACGAAUAUAGAUAGAUAGAUAGACAGAGUAGAGAACAGUAG